AUGACCAUCGCCGUCCCUACGACGCCCCGAGCUGCCCAAGAGCUCCGUCUCAUUUCCCUCUUCGUCAUCUCUGGCCCGUGCAGCGCUGUAAGCCCUCGAACGCCGUCCAUGCCGCCUUCUUCAACCUCGGGCCGCCGGAGAUCCGCUUCGCCGCCCUGCUCAGCUCCGGCCUUCCCCGAGCUUGCUGACCUGCUCUUCAUCUCCGCCGUGAGCUCCUCCCCCGAACCCUCCUCUUUCCCGUCUCGUUUGCACGCCAUAGUCGCCGUCUUGCCUGAGACCGAACUGCGCCGCCGCCCGAGCUUCUCGCUGUCGUGCGCACAGCCACCGCAACUCCCAACCGAGCACACCUAUGUGCUCACCAUGCUGCGCAGGUGCCGUGGUGGCUCUCGCCGGUCCAAUCCCAGUCAUGACACUAACUCCAAGCGUCUGCGCAACCCAGGAGAAGUUCCAGAGGGAUCAUCUGCGUCCAAGCGCAAUGUCAAGACCACAGCUAGCAAGCACAAGGAGCCUGCCAGGGGUAUGGAUGAGAUAGCCCCUACUGAGUAUGUCCGUCUCAGGCAGCUUCACCCUUAUGUGAACCCGCGCUCCACUGUUCCUGAUGAUGGGCUUAACACUCCAGUGGGUGUUCGCCCCCAUGGCAAUGCUGAUUCUGCCAACAAGGACAAGCUUACCCCGUUCAUGGUUGAGAAGGCGCUCGCCAAUGGCAAGACAACUUUGAUGCUCGUUGCUCUCGCUGCUGGUUUUGACCGUGUGCCGUUUCGAGGUGCGAGUGCACCCUCUCCCCGCACGUCGCGUGCACGUCGCGCCAUUUGCGGGGGCGUGGGUAACCCUGCCGUCGAAAGCCCCUCGGCCCAAUCCAAUCGCCCGCACUCUGCAACCCUCCCUCCCUCCUCGAUCUCUCUCCCUCAGCCGCCACAAACCCUAGGUCCCUUUCCUACGAUCCCGUGGUCGCUGCUCCUGCUCCAUCCGACCUUCGUGGAGGGCCCGAUCCGCGCCGACGCCGUGCCGGCGGCGGCCGGGGCGGGCGUGGAGAGGGCCGAUGCGGCGGCCGCGGGCGGGGCGGCGGCAGCCAACGCCAGGGAGGACGGGGUCAGGGAGUACAAGAGUGACGUGCGGAACCCCUCCGCAGAGGAGUUCGUGCCGCUCUCCCGCCGCCAGGGGGACGGCGCAUGCCGCCUGUCGGCCGACGCGCCCGUCUUCAUCUCGCCCGCGAUCGACUACUAUGUUCCUCCGUCCACUGACUUUGUCCAUGCAGGUGGCCAGUUUCCUUCCGUUCCAACCUUCUCCACGGUCUCCCCAAUUCAUCCUUCGUCCCUUGCUGCUCGAGAUUCUCAUCUGCUCAGGCCGCGAGGAAGCCACAUGAGGAGGAGACACCUCGCCCCGAGAAUCCCGAGAGGAGGGGCUCAACCAGAGAGGAGCAGAUGCCAGCCAGGUAGUCGGCUCGGCACGACAUCAUCCUUCGUGUCUGGCCCGCAGCAGACCCUAGCGCUGUCCUUUAGGUGUCUUCACGGCUGCAGGAGUGUAUGUGUUAAGCUUCAGGCUAAUGUAUUGGUUGAGAUCGAGGAGAGAGCGAGCCGUUGCAGAGGAGAGGGAAGGGUGGGCGGAGGUCAGGCAUUGCUAACAGAUUUGAGGAGGAGUGGGAAAGGUGAAGGUGAUGCCGGCCGGCUGGCGCCUCACCACUGGCUCCUGUUUUGCAGCAGCAAAGAGAAAGGUGCCGAGGAUGUGUUGCUCUAUGCACGGCUGUCAGAAGUACAUCCUUGCUAUGAUGUGUUACCGCCAUUCCACCUCUUCCUCGUGAUGGUAUAGGAGUACAUACUAAUUUGAUAAACAAGAGGCGAAGUUGCCAACGCCUGAGAUAGUGGUUCCUACCUAUGGCCUUCGCACCUUUAGUUCCGCAAGUAGUUCAGCAACUCAAAUGCGAUUUGCUUUCUCCUUGGUUUACACUGGCUGCAGCCUCCUAUUUGUGACGUCGUAGCCCCAAAGGUGAGUUGAGUUGCUACUUGGUUGGAGAUGUUGAUGUCGUUUGAGAUGCCCGCUGGAUUCACCCUUUUCAAGGUUCUGAAUAAGGGCAAGCUCGACAAGGUCGAGUGGUACAGGUGUGAUCUUCAUGGAGCUAGCGAUCAUUGGAUUUGGUAAUACAUAUUCACUUAUUCAGAGAGCCCAAGGUGAGAAGGGACGAGCAUCUAGAACAUCACCACCUACUUAUCAGUGAGCUACUAUCUGUCUUUGAAUAAGUUACUUAACAAGAGAAGGCAGGUAGCAAUAGAACACGUGCAAUCUCAAUGUUUACUAAUUAUCUAUUUCUGAAUUUAUUCGUUCCCAGCUGCUCUGAAUCUAGGUGUUUUGCUUACUGCUUUGUAGGAGUUUCCUACCUUUCUUCUGCAAAUCUGGAAUGCCUUUAUGGCAUGAUCAUGUGAAAAAAGUACCUUCAUGCAGUAAUGGAUUUGAUUAUCACUAGUUACUCUGUUUUCACGAAUUAUACCCUAAGGCCCAUGUAAAUCUGAUAGAAGAUUAAGCUAUUUAAUUUUAACUAAAAAGGAUAAUAUUCUUUCAGUCGCUUGACUCUGUCCAGACCUGAAAAAUACUUAUACUUUGAAAGCUUGAUAUAUGAGUAUGUAAUUUUACAGGUAU